AUGACAGCAGGAAAGCUCGUCUCUGCCAUUGAGAUAGGAAGGCAUAACACGCCGUCCGACUGCUGGCUUGUAGUCGACGGCCAGGUAUGGGAUUUCACUGAAUUCCAUCAAGAACAUCCCGGCGGUUCAGCUAUCAUCCUGAAAUAUGCCGGCCGCGAUGCCACAAAAGCAUAUAAUGAAGUCCAUUCGCCGUCCACAAUCAGCAAAACCCUGCACCCCAACAAACUGCAAGGCAUUCUGGACAAUUCAACCAUCAACGACGAAUGGCUCAAAGAACCACCUACCGAAAACGCGCGUGUCAUGCUCGACAACGAAAAGCCACCAUUAGACACGCUCAUCAACGCCUACGACUUUGAGCUCGUCGCGUCCAAAACCGCAAGUAAAAAAACAUGGGCAUUCUAUUCUAGUGCCGCCACAGAUUUGAUUACGCGGGACGCCAAUAAGUCCUGUUUUGAUUGGAUAUGGUUUCGUCCAAGGGUUAUGAGAAACGUGCGUCAUGUGGAUACGCGGACGAGUAUUAUGGGUGUUGAUAGUAGUCUGCCUCUGUUUGUGAGUCCGGCGGCUAUGGCGAAGUUGAUCCAUCCAGAUGGCGAGCGUGCUAUUGCCAAGGCUGCUUUUCAGAAGGGGAUUUUGCAAGGGGUAUCGAAUAACUCCUCCUUCUCUAUCGAAGACCUAGCUCAAACAGCGCCCGACGGCAAAUUCUUCUUCCAGCUCUACGUCAGCCCCGACCGCGAAAGAUCCGCUGCCCUCAUACGACAAGUCUCCUCACUGCCCCAAUUCAAAGCCAUCCACAUCACCGUCGACGCCGCAUGGCCCGGUAAACGCGAAGCCGAUGAACGCGUAAAAGCAGAUGAGAGUGCUUCGGUACCCAUGUCCGAUGCAAAGGCUAAGAACGACAAAAAGGGCGGCGGCAUUGGUCGAUUGAUGGCGGGCCAUAUCGACCCGGCCCUGACCUGGGACGAUAUCGCGUUUGUGAAGAAACAUACACAUUUACCUGUAUGCCUCAAAGGGAUAAUGUCAGCGGAUGAUGCGAUUCUAGCAAUGAAAGCGGGCGUUGAUGGGAUUUUGUUGAGUAACCAUGGUGGUCGGAACUUGGAUACUAGUCCUCCAUCUAUUAUCACGUUACUUGAGCUUCAGAGACGGGCGCCCGAAGUUUUUGAUAAGAUGGAAGUAUAUGUUGAUAGUGGUAUUCGACGAGGGACGGAUAUUCUCAAAGCCGUGGCUCUGGGAGCGACGGCUGUGGGGAUGGGUCGUAGUAUGCUUUUUGCGACUAAUUAUGGUCAAGAGGGUGUUGAGCAUUUGAUUGAUAUCAUGCGCGACGAACUAGAGACAGCUAUGAGGAAUAAUGGGAUUGCUUCGUUGGACGAAGCAACCCCUGAAAUGGUGCUUACAGGAGACGUGGACCAUCUCGUUCCUACAGGACGUCUGCAUCCAUAUGCAAGAAAGGUGGCCAAGUCGCGGCAAAGGGGUCUUGCGGCGAAGCUAUAA